AUGAUAUCAUUGGCUAACGACGUGUCACCUGAUUAGAACGUCACCUCCCGGUAGGAAGUGGUGUGAGCGGCUAACGUUAGCUUAGCGACCUUAAAUCAUCCAGAACCUGGCUGCGUUAUAACUUUAUAACUAAAUCCCCUGAAAGGACAGAGGUGGGGACAUGCCGCAGAAAGAUCCGUGUCAAAAGCAAGCAUGCGAGAUUCAAAAGUGUUUACAAGCCCACAGGUACGUGGAGAGCAUGUGUGAGGACGUGAUCCGGGAGAUGCGGCGCUGCUGCGAGACUCAGGCCGGAAACUCCAUCUGCUGCUCCGGGUUCAGGGAGUCUCAACCCCCGGAAGAGAAGAGGAGUCAGGCAUAGCUGCCUUCUAACCAUGCCAGAGAGUGGCACUGUGUCUGUGUUGCACUCACUCAGCCACUACUGUUUAAAGUGCCAUCAGGGCUGAAAGAUUAUAUCCAGAUAUCGAUAAUCCUCACGAUUUAAAGACUCGUAAGCAUUAUAUCAAUAUGUAUUGGUAAUGAUUUAUUGAGCAGCCCUAAUUGCAACUGAUGCAUAAUGUGAACGAUUAUGAAUCCACAGGGGACAUUAUUUUUGACAUGUCAUUGCAGAAAUACACUGGAGCUUUGAUCAGCCACAGUAUGAGUGCAAUCUAUAUUAAUGGUAUAGUUUACUUUAGUGUUGUUUAAUAUGGUCGCACCUCUCCGGCACAGUCACAGCACAGAGUUGAACGACAUGACACCAACUGUCCAAUGUAGUAUUUAUUUAUUAAAGGGAAGUUUGACCGA